CAGUUUCACAGUCGAUGGGUCACUCAGUGAGCAGGAGUUACAAGUAGCGGCUGCGUUUUUUCUUCUCCUUUUAGCUUUUCCAUUUGGUGGUUAAAUGCUAGAGCAACCGCAAACGUGUGGAAUUGAGGUUUACUCAGUCAUCAUGGAGGAGGACGGGGGAAGCCUUCUCUUCAAGUACCCAGUAUCUGACUUCCUGUUGACAGUCAGUGGUCUGGUGUUCUUUCUCCUGGAUGUGGGACUGGCCGCGUGGGCGGUGGUGUCUUUUUAUCAGGAAGAGGACUAUGUGUUCAUGGGACUGCUGGUGUUUCUACUCCUAGGUUCCUCAGCCCUGGUCCAGGCUUUCAGCUGUCUGUGGUACCACUAUGACAAGGACGGGACUGAGACCAGGACUGAGAGCCUUGUGAAGAACCUCUGCUCUCUCAAGAUCCUACAUCUUUUCCAGAUGGGAGUCUACCUCAGAUAUGCUGGUGUGGUGAGGAUCUCGAUAUGUGGCUUCUGCUGUGGAAAGCGUUACAUGGACGGCGAUGCUGUGUAUCUGACCCAUGACCUAAGCCUGCUGCGCCUCAUCGAGGCUUUCUCUGAGAGCACCCCACAGCUUGUCCUCAUGAUCACUAUCAUUGUCCAGAGGGGAGAGGUUGAACCCAUCACAAUCUUGAAGGCACUUGGUUCAGCAUCUGCCAUCGCCGUCAGUGUGACCAUGUACCACCGUUCCCUGCGCUCCUUCCUCCCUGACAAGGCCAAGCAGGGCUGGUUCUCCUCCGUGGUAUACUUCCUGUGGAACUUGCUCCUUAUUGGUCCACGUGUGGCAGCAGUCGCCCUCUUUGCCUCAGCCUUCCCCUGCUUUAUCACUGCCCACUUCCUGUCUUCCUGGAUGGUUCUCUUUUUCUCCGCCUGGCGACUCAAGACAGACUUCAUGGACAGCGCCGGUGGAGAAUGGCUCUGCCGGGCCACCAUAGGACUCAUCUGGUAUUUCAGCUGGUUCAAUGUGAUAAAGGGGGACACCAGGUGCCAGAGCACCCUCUACCACACCUGGAUAGGAGUGGAUAUUGGUAUGCUUUGUGGUCUUUGGGUGUGGCAGAUGAAGAAGAACCCUCCAUAUUUAGAACUGCCACUAGAUCCCUAUGUCAUCCUUGGCAUUAUGAUCUCAUUCUACAUUGUUGGGCUCGGUCUUAAGGUGAUAUACUACAAGUACAGUCACCCAAAGAUCACACAGCUAAGAGAAGACGAGUGUUGCCUCGAGCCGGAGCCAAGGUCUGAGCCAGAGGAUCUCACCUCAGAUUGCCAUGACGAAGUGGACUCUAGGCUUAUGAGCCAUAGAAUAGGUCCUACAGAACCAGUCAAAACCUCAUCAGGCCCUCCAGAACCGGUCAUCAGAGUCAAUAAGAGGAUGAGGAACUUAGCUGAUAACUUUUACUCCUGAAUGGAUCAUCAGAGACCUCCUACACAUGGAGAAGGCUGUAUGGGCUUGUUUGACAUUGCAGCCGACAUUGCAGUCAGUCUCAAUUAGUCAUUCAGUCACAAUUUACCCACAAUGACUAAAUGGUCUGUCACAUGUGGAGAUGGAAUCCAAAUGACAGAUGCCUGUGUCAGCUCUUCCCACUGGUGAAAAUACCAAGUUCCUUUAAGAAAAAAUAUUUAAACUUUAUUUUGACAGGGAGUUAUGCUGAGACCAAUGUGUCUUUUACAGAUGAAUCUGGAGACGAAAGAAAGGCAACGCUGUUUAGGCGAGGUGCUGGCUAGCAGUGGUUUUUUGAUGUUGGAACAUCUGUUUAAUGGAAAACUUCAGCUCCCCUAAUCGUGAUAUUUCUACUGAACAUGUAGGUUGCUCACCUGCACAUACUCCAACUCCUUUUAGAAGUAAGAGUUAUUUUGUACCUCCAGCCAAUCGCAAUCACUCUAUUGAGAGAUAUUGUAGACUCGUUGAAAAAUAUGUUGGUAAUCUCCUUCAGAACAAAACAGGAGUACAUAUCCUUCCAUAAUUUAAGAGAAUGAAACACAAGCUUUGCUUGAUUUACAAUCCGAUACGUCAGUCCUUACCCGCCCUGCUGAUAAGGGUGGGUCGGUUAUACUCAUGGAUAGUACAGUUUAUGUAAAGGAGUGUCAUAGACAACUGCUUGACAACACCUCUUACAAGAAACUCAGAAGUGACCCCACUUCCUAAUUUCAGAACACUAUCUUUACUGUCCAGGACACCAGCAGUAUGAUCUCUAUUAGUGAAUCUCUUGAUCCUCUCCCUGAUAAUACAUUGUUAGUUACUUUUGAUGUUGAAUCGUUAUACAGAAUAUUCCACACGAGGGCGGUAUUGAAGCCAUGGAACAUUGUCUUCUGCAACGUGACCCUAAUGAACUACCUUCCAGUGCCUGCAUUAUAACAUUGGCUGAAAUAGUACUUGCACACAACUACUUAAUGUUUGUAAAUGAUUUAUUUAUUCAGACGAAGGGUACUGCUAUGGGAUCCACUAAGGCUUCUAACUAUGCUCAUUUGUAUGUGGGUUACAUGGAGAAACAGUCCAUUUUCAAUCCUCUCAACAACAAAACAUAUUGUCUAACAUUCUUAUUUGGAAACGGUACAUUGAUAUUUUUGUUCUAUUGAGGGGUGAAGUGAAACAGCUCCAGGCAUUCCAUGCUUCUCUUAACUCUUGUUCUGAGCACCUGAGAUUUACUAUACAAUCUGACACACGUCAAAUCAGUUUCCUUGAUCUUCUGAUUUUGUUUGAGGAUAAUGUUCUAUACACUGAUCUUUUCAGGAAACCUACUGAUCGUAACAGUUUAUUGAAAAACAGUUUGCCCUAUAGCCAAUUCUGUCGAAUCAAAAGAAUUUGCAAAAAAACAAUCAGACUUCGACAGAAAUAUGUCUGAGACGCAAAGCAAAUUCAAGGAGGGGGUACAAAAAUGGUCAGAUUAAUACUGUCAUUGAAAAAUUCAAAACUAAUCGAGACAUAAGCUCUUUCAAGGACAAGUCUCGCAAAAAUAAGCAUUCUUGCGUUCUAGCUACACACUAUUUAAAGUGUUCUGAACAAAUGACGGGAAUCUUUCACAAACAUUGGCACAUUCUAUGAUCCGAUGACAGUAUCGGACCCUCACUUGGUGGUAUUCUCGCUUGGCAGAAAUCUCAGAUAAAUUGAUAAACUGAUUUACCACCCUUAAAUAUCCCUGCACAAUGUCUAUUUGCGCCUCUACUGGAUGGAAACUACAAGUGUAACGGCUGCGCUCAAUGCAAUGGCACUUAAAAAUGUAGAUCAAUCAAACACUCCCAAACAGGGAAACAGAUCCCUAUCAAAGGUGUUAUCACGUGCUCCACUAAGGCAGUUAUUUAUCUUAUAACUUGUCCAUGUGGUAAAAAGUAUGUGGGUAAAACAAAGCGCGAAUUAAAAGUACAAAUCUCGGAGCAUCGUAGCACCAUCAGGUGCAAAAACUCGAUUUACCCAGUUGCGGCCCACUUUUUGGAAGUGAACCACUCGAUUUCGCCCCAACGUUAUAUCGGCAUCGAACAUGUCACCCUCCCUAGGAGAUGGGGUGACCUCGACAAUUUAUUAUUACAACAAGAGGAUGCCUGGAUCUUUCAUUUAAAGACCCUUGCGCCCUUUGGUCUCAAUGUAGACUUUGAUCUGAAACCAUUGUGAUUUUGCUACUCAUUGUAAAUGUGUAGCCAAAUUGUAUCUACGAUUGUAUGCUAUCCAUUCAUGUUUUUUGGGAAUCUGGGAAUUAACCAAUGAUAUCAGGCCACACCCGGCCAUGAUUACAGACACCUGUGUGUGUCCUUAGACACUAAACUAGUGCCCCGUAGUGUUUGUCAUUAUACCCUGAUGAAGACAGCUUUUCUGUCGAAACGUUGGAUAUUAGGUUAUUAUAAACUGGUUGAUUCAGCACUGAAUGCUGAUUGGCUGACAGCCAUGGUAUAUCAGACCAUAUACCACGGGUAUGACAAAACAUUUACUUUUACUGCUCUAAUUAUGUUGGUAACCAGUUUAUAAUAGCAAUAAGGCACCUCGGGGGUUUGUGAUAUAUGGCCAAUGCACCACGGCUAAGGGCUGUGUCCAGGCACUCCGUGUUGCGUCGUGAUUAAGAACAGCCCUUAGCUGUGGUAUAUUGGCUAUAUACCGCACCUCCUCGGGGUCAAAUCAUGAUGUCAGUGAUCUUCAGGUCGGAAAGUUGGAGCUCUAGAAAGAGGCCCGAGUUGGAUGACUGUUCAAAAAAAGAAUCCCAGUCGGCGUUUUUUUUUUCUCCCAGAGUUCAAAGUUGUCUUUCUGAGUUCCGAGUUGUUUGAACGUGGCAUCAGAUUGUAACUAUGGUACCCUCAGGGUUGCCAGCGCAUCCCCCCCCCACCUCCAGGGGUUUUAUUUUUUAUUUAGCUUAUAAACUUCUCCUGUGUUUGCCCAUAUUUAUUGAUAAAUCCCCCAUCAUAGUGGUUUCAUCCAAACUUGACAACCCUGAUAAACUUUCGUAUGGUUAGGCUAGGCAGUAGGCUUCUAUUUGGAGUGAUGAUCUGAGAGGUGAUAACAUUUUAUUUGCUUUGUGAUUUGUCAAAAACCGUAAAUGACUUGUCAAGUCAUGUGCUCCAGUUCUCGUAUGCACUAUAACAAGUACAUUGAAGUUUGGCCACUUUUCAGCAUAUUACAAAUCUAAAUUUUUCAGGCAAAGGGCGCAGCCAUCGUUGAAUUUGUUUAUUUGCGUUUUAUAGUGAAUGCAUUCUGGGAUUAGGGAGUAUUUACUUGUCAAACAUGGCUGCCAUCAUAAAGAAUUUAACUGCUGUUAAUUUAGCUGACACGCAUCUCUUUUCUAAACAAUAUUGCAUUUCUCCCUUGUGCUCACCAGAGAUGUGGCACAUUGUAAAUAAGUCUGACUGUUAAGUCACUAACUUAUGUUUUGGUCAGCGCAACCUGUUAUUUAGACUGGUUUAUGGAAUGAGUUUGGCUGUGGAUGUGUUCGGGUGAUGAUUGGAUGAUGUUCGCAUUUAUCUUUUACAAUAAAAGAUGAAAUUGAGGAAUAAAGUUGUGAAGACUUAUUUCCAAUUAGUACAAAACAUUAUUUGGAUGCUUUUCAGACAAUGAUAGUUUAGACGCGUUUGUUGCAUCAUACGUUCUGUUGCUACUGUUCCAAUCAUAUUAGUGAUGGUUCGCUGCAGGGACCGUGCACUCAACAAUGAUCACAUAUGUGAUUGUAUGCAUCAAAGGGUUUAAUACAUGCAAUAGGACAGUGAUCACAUUUGUAAAGAUGAUGAUUGACCGCUGUCUUGAGUCUUUCAAAGUUAUCAGCUCUUUAAAAUCCUGCUUUAGCAGCUCCGAAUUAGGCAGUUUGAAGUCGUUAGACCCAGGCCUCUGGCAUAGCAUGGAAGAAAGCCACUGAGUAAUAGCCUUAACCUUGUGCCCCAGUAUAGCACAAGGUUGUUAAUCCAGAAAUCAAAACAUUUCUGAUCUCUGAGCUGCCGACGAUUUGAACCGGGCCGGUGGUAGAUUCCAUCAGAGGAAGGGGACAGAGCCUCUGAAGUCAAUCGGGGCCAACUAUUAGAGGAAUUGAGCUUCCCAAAGCACGGUAAACAUUCCAGACAUGUGUAUCAUUGUCAUGAAGUUCUUACUACUGCAGUCUCAUGACCACAGCUGAUCAGGGUUACAUACUGAAAUGUUAGCAGGGCCUCCAGCGUGAACAUUUUUAUGAUUAUAUGGUAAUAAACUCAGGGAAUUUAAUAAGUGUCAUCUCUCACACAAUCAUUUUCAUACAGCUGCUAGUGAGAGGUU